UGCAUUUCUGUCUUACACUAAGUGUGUUGUUCGCGGAGGCGUCUGAAGAAACCGAUGCUGCUUCCUUCGAACUGACAUUUUGGAGAGAAAUAUAUUGGUAUAUUUCCUGUAUCAGUCAUUGAGAGCCGGGUGGCGAUGGCUUUCCGUUUUUCCUGGUUCCUGUGUCCCCUGCUGGCGCUCCUCUUCUGCCACGGGGCCGCCCUCUCUGACGACGUUCGGGUACUGCAGCAAAUGGAAAAAGAAAUGAAGGGAGAUUUCCCCAAUGGGAAGCAGUUCGCAGUGCUGUAUCUACCGGGAAAGAAGCUCAACCACCGAGACUGCUGUGAAAUACAAUUCAACAAUACCAGACGAGUUGACGCUCACUGUAACUUUUCCCCGGUGUUCAAUCAAACACUUGAGGGACAUUUAGAGACAGAGAGACACAGUGAGUGGCAGCUGAUCAACACGGCGCUGAGGCCCAUGCUCGAGAAAUGGAAGUCUCCCGGAGCAUAUCCCGCCAAAGGAUAUGCCAGGAAGAAAAGAAUGUAUAGAACGAAAAAAGGUAAUUAUGAGAAACGUAGAGGCCAAAUGAGGAGCCCUAACUCAAGAAACACCGAGAAGGGAAAUGGAGCAGGAGAGACCAAGGGAAGGGAGAGACGCCGAGGAAAGGACGGCUGCCCAGAGGCACUUUAUCUCUACUCCCGCCUCGCUCCGGACUAUGACUGUAAGAGGAGACACCUGGGCAACACGUGCACGCAGGCGAUUGUCACCACCAUCCCAAAAAUCCUCAAGGAUGUGGGUUGUGAAGGUACAAGGAUCGUCGUGGGAUUUUCUAAGGUAAGAAAACAAUACAAAACAGAGGCAUGCGAGGGUUACCAGUGCAUGAAGGAAAACAACGUAACAGAGUAUCACCUGGAGAGCAACGAUCCCCAAAAGGAAUAUGACUGCACAGGUGUGAAGUUUUUGAAGCCCACUUAUUGCACCUACAUAAUAAAUAGUCCGUGAGGGAGGACUCGCGUGGCAUUCCCGUGCUGCAACGAGAGGCUCUCUGGUCACGGCGAGGCAAGCGUUGCAAGAUGGACUGGCUCGGAAAACGGACCCGGAAUACGUCGGUCCGCAAGCUGUGUUGAUCAAGCUUGGGACUGGCUUGAUCUUUUGGUUUUACUCACAUCUUGUGUGGUUUUUGUCUGAAUAGAAAUUAAAGGUUGCUGAUUCUUUACCAGUAUUACAUAUAUAAUGACACGAAACACAAACACACACACGCACCUAUAGCGUUGUGAGUUUGUGCAUAACACACACACACACACACACACACACAC